AUGCAAUUCGCUACCACCAUCCUCACCCUCUUGGCCGCCACCAGCGCACUGGCUGCGCCCGUGGACUCCAACACCUCCUCCCUCCAAGCUCGGAAGGUUGCCCCAGAACAGUCAACUUGCAAAGCCUAUCGCAAUGACAUGGUCAACGUCAAUGAGAGUGUCUUCAUAGUCACCCUCGGUCGACCGUACCUUGGCGGUGGCAGAUGCAAGGAGCUGCGAGACAAGAUCAAUGGCGUCGCCAAGGUCAAUUACAUGAAGUGUUCGGGCUCGAGUGGCAAGACGAACACAAAGCUUGCCAUCCACAGCGACAUGCAGGGAGCCAACAUUGCGAACAUGAACCGUGGUUUGAAGGCGGCUUAUCCCGAGAUCAAGUUCAACUGCCCGACCAGCAUCUACAACCCUUAG